UUUUUCUAGCACUGUAAGUACCUUCAAUCUCCCGCCAACUUCAAGCGAAGUCGCGGGAUAUCGCUUCGAUCAAAUUCGAACCAUGAAUGAUGCACAAAGAAAUGAUGUUGUCAGUCCACCAGCAAAGCGAAUGAAGCAAGGACGGCUUCCAUUCUUUACUCUUACAAACAAGCCAAACAUUUCUUCAACUCCAUCCCCUCAAAUUACCAAGAAGCCUAAGUUGGUCGAUAAGGCUAGCCCUUUCCUCUCCGGAACAGGGAAAGUGAAGCAUGGCGAUAAACAUACAACUCCCCUCAAGAAAGCUGAGACACUCCAUGGGAAGAAGCCUUCAAUCAUGAAGGCACGGAAAAUAGGCUUCAGCAGCGAGGUGGCAGGCAAGCCCUGCGCCCCUCCGGAACAAGAGGUCAGCUCUAGCUCAGAGGACACCAAGCCUUCGGAGAAAGAAUGCGAUUCAACAGUGGAGACCAAGGAUUGCACCUCGACCGGACUCCCCAAAAAGGUCUCCAAGACAGCUUCCCUUGAUAGGUUUGUGCAGAGUACCCAACAGCCCCAUGUCUCAACCUCUGCUAUCAUCGACCUCACUGAUGCGGAUGAUGAAAUGGAGGACGAUGACGACUUUGAACCUCCAAGGAAGAGCAAGGCUGAAAAGAGGAAACGAGAGAGUCCAACUGAAAGUCCUACGGGUACCAGCACUGACACCGGUGAAGCACCACAAGACAACGAUCCAGCCGUCAACACCAGCAUGUCUUCAGCAUCAUCAUUAGAGCAUGCAUCUUCCGAUGAAGAGGGCUGUGAGGCAAGUAAUCAUAGCAACAGUGUUGAGAAUGACAAACGAGACACACUGAUGGAAGCUGCUACAAGUUGCUUGGAGGAGAAAGGUGCUUCAAACAAUAAGGUCAAGAAUGAGUCAAUGCAAAUGCCCCCACAGCCAGUUACACCAUCAAAUCAGAUGAAACCAAUAAAGAAGACUCCUAUGUCGGCAAAGGCUUUGCAGAGGCUCAAGGAGCAAGAUCAGAAGAAAGAGGAAAAGCAGAGGCUCCGGGAGGAGAAGAAACGCAAGCUGGAGGAGGAGAACGAGAUGAAGAAACGGCUGAAGCUGGAGCAGAGGAAAUCCAAGGAAGAGGAGAAAGAGGCCCAGAGGAAGCAGAAAGCUGAGGAGAAGAAGAAAAAGGAGAUGGAAAAGCAGCUGAAGAAGGAGAAAGAGGAGCAGGAGAGGAUAGAGAAGAAGAAAGCCAAGGAGGAGGAACGGAUGAAGAAACAAGAAGAUAUAGAAGCUAAGCAGGAGGAGAAAAAGAAAAAGCAAGAGGAACGUAUCAAGCAAGAAGAAGAGAAAAAAGAAAAAGAAGCCGCAGAGCUUUUGAAGAAAGAGAAGCAGUCUCAAGCCUUCAAAAGUUUCUUUAGCGUCCAAGCUCAAGCACCGGUCAAGAAACCAGAGGUCAAGGGUUGGUUUGCGCCCUUCGAGGUCAAGUCUGAUAUGGUCCUAGCACCAUGCCGGCGAGUACAGGCCAAGGACCUGGACUUGGAGCAGGUUGAUAAACAUCUUAAGACACCAUCAACUGGCAGUCUGUACCUGGAUGGGCUGAAAUCAGGAAAGUUCAAACCAAGGAAAGGUGUCCGUACACCGGGACCUUCAAGGGCUGCCCAAGGGAAAGACAGCAUGGAUGUUGAUGUGCCUACCACCUCGUCCGAUGAUCCUGCAUCGUCCAAGAAGAAGUCAAAGGAGAAGAAACCCGAUGGACUCAAGAUGAAGCUGCUGCAGUUCCAUGAGAAUUACCGGCCAGCUUACUACGGGACAUGGCAGAAGAAGGAAUCUGGUGUCGUCACUGGACGUAACCCAUUCAAGAAGGAUGAGGAUAUUUUUGACUAUGAGAUUGAUAGUGAUGACGAGUGGGAAGAGCCUGGUGAAAGCUUGUCACAUUCAGAGGGUGAAGAUGAAGAUGGGGAUGGUGAUGACGAUGAUGAGGAAGAGGAUGGUUUCUUUGUUCCUCAUGGUUACCUCUCAGCAGGUGAAGGUGGAGAAGAUGAGGAGGACACGGAUAACCUCAAGGUGCGACAGGCGGCCAAAGCCAAGGCCUGGGAGAAUGAGCUAAAGCGACGCUGCGAGGCGCUCAAACCCAUGAUCGUCACGUUCAUCCAGGUGGCAUCGACCAACAAGACCCGACAAGAUGAGAGGAAGAAACUAGAGGCCUACCAGGCCAUGCCUCUUACCAACCUUCCAAUCGCCACCAGCUUCACCAAGCGAGAGAAAGCCAAAGGAGCGGAGGAGGGUGCUAACUCGAUGGAGGGAGAUGCUACUGCAGCCCAGAGGCUAGCUGGUGGCAUGGGCAAUAAACUCAAGCCAGUCCCAGAAGAAGCUAUGCCAGAGCUAUUGAAGCUGGUACAUGGUAACAUGGCAGGUAUCAAGUCUCUUAUCCGGGAAUUCAGGGAUUACUGGCGCCGCAAGCAGCAUCGCCUGGAGACCUCCAGCCCCGGAGCCCCUGCUGCUUCUCCAGAUGGUUCCCCAUCUCAACCUGCAGGGGGCCAGAGUAUUUCCGCCAGAGAGUCUCCACUAGGAUCUGCCUCAGCUGCAGGACAGGAAGCUAGUCCAAGUCCUGUUCCUGGAUCAACCACUACUCAAUCCCCGCAGUUCUUAGAUCACAUAGAUCAUGUCAUCUCCAAACGUCAGCUGGACCUCAAGAUCAUUUCUAUUGCAGUGAGAGAAAGACGUCCACAGCAUUUCAAGCGGAUCUGCUGGUACGUGCAUGACCACAUUCUGGAAAAGUAUAAUCUGACCGAUCUUCCUGUUCCCACUGCUUGGGUGAAUGGUGUGGGAGCAAGAGAUGGACAGUCAUCACCACUUCCACCCACCAACAUAGCAGCCAGGCCUGCUGCAGCUGUUCCCAAGCCUGCAGUGAGUAAACCUGUAGUGGUGAAGGCGCCUAAUCUCCAUGAAGCAUCUCUGGCCAAGCAGCAUAUCUACAUCCCAUCAAGCACCAUGCCGUCCGCCUUCAAUAAGGUGGUAGGUGUGUCGAAUGCCUCUGGUGCCAUGCACCUUCCUGGGACAGCAUUCCAGAGCACUGCUCCUAUUGGCUAUAUCCAUCAGGGUGGGGCUCUUCUGCAGCCAGGACUUGCACCCAUCCAGGUAGUGCCUUUCCCAAUGCAACAAGCUAUCAACCCAGCAGCGUUCAACAUGAGUAACCUCCUGCAACAGGCUGCAGCAUCCAGUCUUCUGGCAAACAUGCAGCAUGCAACAGCACUUGGCAACACCCUUGUUCAGCCAUCCAACACCAAAGUCCAAGCACCUAAUCCUUCUCUUAAAGUACCCAAUACCAAUGCCCUACCUGGUGCUCAACAGAAGAUGCCAGGUACUGUCUCUGUACCACCACCCCAAAUUAAAGUCCAAACACCCGGUAUUGCGAUAAAAAAACUUGAUACCAGUGUUCUGCCCAAGACUUCUGGCAGUCAACAGAACAUGGCCAGCAGCAACCCUGUUCAGCCAUCCAACACCACUGUUCAAACACCUCCCACUGGUGUUGAGUCACCUAUCAGCAAUCCGCUACCCAUCUCUAAUGGUGCUCAACAACGAAUGCCAGGAGUGGCACAGAACAGUAUAGGACAAGUCUUUGAUAGUGUGAAGCAGAAGCAAACUUCCCCUGUCUUUAAACCUGGCGUCCGAUCUCCCCCAGGUAGUAUUACACCAAGCAGCUCUGCAGGAAAGUUUCCUGGAAGUGGUCCCUCACUGCCCUCUAUAAUGAAGACGUCCCCACAGCGCCUGGAUGCAGCUAUUGCCAAGAUGUACGAGUCCAAUGCCUUGUUACAGAACAAGGAGAAAACAAGUCCAGUGCCAGUCAAGAAAACAAAAACCCUUACUAGCUUCUUCACGGUCCAGAAUCCUAAGAAAACUGACAACAAACCUCAAGAAAAUCCAUUGGAAGCUCCUAAAGAGUGAAGCUAUACUAAUAACCUCCCCCCCCCUUCUGUCCUAUUUCAUACUAUAACAUGUACCAAGAUACUUAGUUCAUACUUGUUCAUGAAUAUAUGUAAGUAGAUACAUGAGAGAGGCUGUUUAUGCAUAGAAUAUCCCUUUUACAUGGCAUUUGCAUAGACUUCAAAUGGGUUUAAGCUUGAUGCAUCAUAACAUUAGCUAUGAUCAUCGUAUGAUGGAAUAGUCUCUGAUUGUUUGAAUGCAUCUUUGUCUGAUUCCUUGUGUUGGUCUCCUAGAAGGCUGAAGACAAAGACAUACAGAUUUGAUCGUCAUACGGUAACCCGUGGUGCAUUGCGCUGAUCAUAGGAUAUCCAUUCAGAAUACCAUGCCCUUGCGCUGAUGAAUGCCGUAUAUUGUACGAGUGCCCUGCACUGUUUAUCCGAUGCCCCUACAUGUCUACUGUGUAAUAAGGGAUACAAUUUUGACAAAUUUGUGUAACUUGACCUCUGCGGUAGACCGUACAAUGAUCAUGAACCCUUGAAGAAAUUUUACAAUCGUGUGCCAACCUUGGGAGGUCAUAUGGCUACCAGGAUAUAAUCACCUAACAAGCACUCUACAAUGAUCAUCGUCGACCAAAUGUAAGCAGAGCAUUAGAGCUUGAUUUUCUUUGCUUCCGUUAAGUUCUGUUUAUUUUGUCUUGUGGUAGGCAUAGUCCAUUGUGUUUCACAUUGUCUGUUCAUAUAGAUUAAGAAUUGUCUAGAGUUUUUAUGUUAUUUACCAGUGUUCCAUUUCAGUUUGUUAUCUCCAUCAUAAGAUUGUUAAGUUAUAGACUUAUGACAUAUACAUAUAGUUAAUUUAUGAUUGUUUUCAUUCCAUCCCUCUUAUUUACUUCCAGCAAGAUUCUUUUUCUCUCUGUUUUUCUUUCUUUCUUACUCUCUAGUUUCUUCCUUUCCAUUCUCUCUUUGUUUUUUACUUUCUCCCUUCCCUGUCCCCUAUCUUUAUUUCCUUCCUUCCUUCCUUCAUUCCUUUUCUUUCUUUCUUCGCUUUUCCUUUCUUUCCUUUCCACAUCAUCCUCUCUUACAUACUGUAUUCCUUCUCCUUUCCCCAUGUCAAUAGAUUUCUUUAGUAUUUUAUUUUCAUUUGAUCUUUGUUUUGAAAACUGUAUUUUGAACAUACAUUCUGUCUCUCGCAUGUUACACACAAGUUCUUUUGUCAAUACAUAAAAUACACAUACAGCUUCAAUAUCAAUCUUCACAGAUCAUAGUUUAUUUUUUAUCUUCUACAAAUAUUUAUUGCCUACACAUUAAAACAAAAUAUUCAUUUGAAUACAAAGUACUUUUUUGUCAAGGUAUGCCUACAUGAAAUGUAUAUCAAUCUCUCAAAUGUACGUCUAUGUGGAAUUGUAUGCAAUUGAGCAUUGAUGAAGGGGGUGGGGUGGGGGGUAAAAAACAAAAGCAAAGCUGGCAGCAAUGCAGUGUUUAACAAAUUGUAUACAUCAAAGGGCACUUAACAGAGUUGGUUCUGUACCAAACUUGCAUGAAAAUGAAACAAGUAUUAUGUGAAUAGCAUUGAAAUUACUGUUGAAAAUCACCUGAAACUCUAAUCCUCUGUACUUUAGGAUUGCAACUUCAAAUCCACCCUUUCAAAAGACAAAGAUAAUAUGUAUGGUCUAUAAAGACUGGGGUUGUUGAUAUUAGAUAAUGAACUGAAUUGAAUAUGAUUCCUAAUUUUGCUCUAUCCAAUUAAUUGAAUUAUGCCAUAUUUAGAUAUUUCAUUAUGUAUUUUAGAAUAUGCGACUCUACCUAUUGGUAGCCCCCCUAGAAUUUUGUAAAAUAAUAUGCCCCUUUAUUCCUUACUCAUAGAAGGCAGCUCAUUUAUCUUCUUUUUUUUUUUUGCUUUUCAAGUAUGCAUCAGAAAGUGUCUAGAGGGUAAAGAAAGCGGAGAAAAGGUUUUGUUGGUUGGACCUUAUAUGCUGAUGUGCUGUUGAAACCACAUUAGCACUUUGCAAGAUUUCCUAUUAUAUGUACAUGUGUAUCAAUUUGUUUGGAAAUCUUUGGUGAAUAACAAUUGGCCAUGCCAGAGCAGAGAUUUUCUCUUUCUAUAUCCAUGCUUCAAACUUUGGAUGUGCAUUGGUACAGACUUCUUACGGAGGCUGGCUUUUUUGAAUUUGUAGGGAUGCUUGGUGCUAUCAAACAUUAUUCUUUGGUUCCCCGAAACUGGAUGCUGCUUCCUCUGAAAUUACACUGAAUUUGAAUAAGAUUAUGAUAAUAUUCAGUUGUAUAUAGUGCAAAUUACAAUUAGGCCUGACUUAGUGCUCUUAAUUCUGUAUAGUGGACAGAAAGUGCCAUAGGGCUUUGGAUCCGGUCUCACAAAACAUGUUAUCAAUUUCAUAAGAUAAUGUUGUAAGCUACUGAAAUAGUGCUAUUUGAUUGAUCAAAGGCACAGUUUGUCAUAAAUUUCUAACAUUUUAUUAGAUGAUUGAUAACAAGCUCUCAGAAACAGUCCAGGAUAUUGAAUUGACACCAAUAGAAAUAAUGCAUUACUUGAAUACAUGUAUUUGAAAUACAUACAUACAUUACACAUUAUGGAAGUGUGAAAAGGUAUCUAACUCAAAGAUGUUUAUGUGCAACAUUUCAAAAUAAAUACUGGAACAGUUCCUUGAAAAAGAAAA